UUUGCAGUUAACGGUAGGAAAAAAACAAUUACAAGAACAUGGCACACCGGAUUGAACUCUCUCUCGAUAAAUACGUUUUCACGAACUUCUCUUUUUCUCUGUCUCCUCCAGAUCCCUCGACCAUUCUCGCUGAUCAAACCCCAAUUCGGAGUGAUAUCUUUUAUACCCUUGCCAGGAAAUACCCAAAGCUGACAUUUUAAGGCUUUGGAUUAUUAUUUUUUUUUAUGUAGAAAAGCAGGAAUUGGCCAAACUCAUUUUAUACGACGAAUGGGACAAAGGAACGUGAUGUGCACCAGUCAGAUGACUGAUAUGGAGCUUUAUCAACAAGGCCAGAACCAUCUCCGUAUGGAGCCUUGUGUUCCUUUUGGAAGUGUAGCAUAUUUCCCACAGCCUAACAUCCACACAAUAUUGCCAGCUUCCCGGACCCUGGUUACUUUUGAUAGUCGUCAUCUACCUGUCAGUCAUGAAAAUGCUUUAUUUUAUGGAAUAUCACAAUACAACACUUUUCAGCAGCAGCAUCCCGCUAGAUAUCUCAAUUUGGGUGCUUCUAUGAAUCCAUGCGGUUCCAGAGUGUUCCCUCUUCCAAUAAACCAAGGGUCUCAUGAUCAAAUUGUUGGAGUUCCUACAGAUGACUAUGGAAGGAACAACCAAUUUGUGAAUGGUGUCAGAAGUCCAUUUAAGAGAAAAAAUGCAGAAGGGGUCCCGGGUAGUUUUCAAUAUAGUAAUACUUCGGCUGGCUCUAGUUCUGCCAUUGCCCCUUUAAAUACGAGGCCCAUUCAACCUGGGGUUACUCUGAUGGAUGCUACAUUUUUUCCACCUGCCAGUUCAGGUACUAUUGAGCCGGACUCUAUUGUGACGCGUAAUUCGAAUACUUUUAUUCGAGCAACCUAUCCAGGUCAGGCUCUUCAGACUGCUGGUUCUCCCUGGAGUCAGGCACCUGCUGUAUCCUAUUUGCAAGGGAGCAGCUGUGUUAAUGAUCGAUGCACAGAGGCAGGAACAAUGGGUGCACAGGGGUAUCAAGAGACAGCUAGCAAUAUAAGUUCCACAACUUUCCUCCCUCUUCCUCCCAUAUACCAAUGGCACCCCACUUUUCAUCAUUUACCACAACCCAUGCAUGGAGUGAGGGGCCAGAAUAUCAAUUUUGUUUCUCAAGUAGCAACACCUUCUCACGGAGUUUCGACAAAUAGCACUUCAAACACCAGUAUGCAUCCUUUCCAAGAUGGCAUUGAGGUGGGGCCUAGAUAUGUGGGACCUCUUCUACAAACAGGCCUUAGGAUGUACCGGCCCCACCAGAGGGCACUUUUUCCUGAGGCAACUGUGAGGCACCAUGACCUUCCUCACUUGAGAUUUCUCCCAGCAGAUGAAGUUGCGAUGCUAGAAGUAGGGAAUUCCAUUGAUCAUAACAGAAACAUGCGCCUAGAUGUAGAUCAUAUGUCAUAUGAGGAGCUUCUUGCAUUGGGAGAACAAAUUGGCUAUGUGGCCACUGGAUUGUCGGAGGAGACCAUCUCUAGGUCUAUGAAAACCAGAACGUAUAAUUUGCCCACUACUCCCAUGAACCUGGAAGAUGCACCUUGUGAGGAUCAGGAAACUGAUUUCUGCGUCAUAUGUCAGACCGACUACGAGGAACAAGAGAAAAUCGGGACACUUGAUUGUGGACACGAGUACCACGUAGAUUGCGUGAAAAGGUGGCUGCUCAUCAAAAACACCUGCCCCAUCUGCAAAUCCUCGGCGUUGACAGAAGGCUGAUUUCUGGAAUAUCAAUUCAAAAUCACUUCCCUGUCGUUAUGCUCCGAAAUUAUUUACAUGAAUAUAGGUAGUUGAGGCGAUGUUGUUCUGUUUAUACGUAGAGACCCGGCAAAGGGUCGACCCUGCUCAAAACUAUGUUUUGUUGCCGCAUGUCUGUUUAUUAAACUCGUACAUACGUAGUUGUCGCUGAUUGUUCGAUCAUGGAUCGAGGGCUAAUAAUGUCACCAUGUAUAUAUUUUUUAUGAAGUGGAACGUAAAAAGUUGUUGGCUAAACUUCAAAAUUGAUUAUUUUGCUGCCCA